UUGGCUGAGGCCGCCGGCUUUUUACACUUGUGAGUGUGUUGUGAUCGUGUGUGUGUGAAUGUGACACAUCAUUUAAGGUAUCAUCAAGACAUCCACAGGUUGCUCAUGCUUCACAGGGAAUGUAUUCGCUGUCGGGACUGUCACAGUGAAGAAGUGACAGAUUUUUGUUGGAUUUGAAGCAGCUGCGUAAUUGCGACCUUUUCUGCGCGAUGACAGAAGUGGCGAGUCACGCAUCAAUAAUGGACUGUGAGAUGAUGUUCCAGCCAGAGUCGGAUCAGAUGUCCCCAGUUGAACCAAAGUCUCCGCCUCUGGACCUGAUUGACACCGGGAAGGGGCUAAAGGUCCAGACAGCCACUCCCCAUCUAGUGAGCCUGGGCAGUGGGAGGCUCAGUGUGGCCAUCACCCUGCUACCAAUAAAAGAAGGAGUGACCCGCAUAGGUCGAGAAGAUGCUCCAAUUCCUCAAGAUAUCACCAUCCAUGGUGCAGGCAUCGAGGCAGAGCACUGUCUCAUCUUCAAUGAAGGAGGAGUGGUGACCCUUGACCCCUGUGGUAACCCCUGCAGUCUGGAUGGAGUGCAGGUCACUGUACCCACACCACUUACACAGGGUUAUUCUCUGUGUCUGGGUAAAUCCUAUUUCUUUCGGUUCAACCAUCCUGAGGAAGCAACCAGAAUGAAGAGCAUGCUUCCUCAAAAGAGCCCCGUGUCAGCUUUGGCCUACAACACAGACUACCUGAAGUUCAGCAGUGACUAUAGCCAUUCGGUGGUGGGUGGCACCAGCAGUGCUCGGGGGAUGAGAUCUGCCUCAGAGCUCCGGGACUUGAUGGACACCCUGCAGCGCAAGAAGAUCGCCCUGGAGAACAGCCUGAGAGCCAACGGGAAUGCAAACCCUUCCUACUUCAGCGUGACCCAGUCUCCCCCCACCACACCUAUCACGAGUCCUACCACAUCCUCAUCAUCCUAUCAGGACCAGGCGAGGCGUUUCUAUGGCUCUGAACGCGCGACUAUGUCUUUGAAAUCUCCUCCCCCUCUUUCCCCUGGACGACGAUCGGACCCUUCUUCUUCUUCUCUGUCCUCCCGCUCCUCGGUCAAUCGCAACCAUGACAACUACGGCAGUAUCGAUAGCCGGCGGCUGCACAAUGCAGGCUCCUCGUCUUCACUGUCCACAUGGAACGGCGGAGGCUCCACCACUUCUGUUGAUUGCAGCAACAACUAUCUCCUCUCUCUUCCUCCUCCGUCAUCCCGCACUCCAUCAGCAGGAGGGGCAGCCAGCAUGCCCUCAAGUCCCCGUCUUGGCCGCCGCAGCUAUGGCACCCAAGAGCCAGUGCCCAGCAGUAGGACCAGGAAGUACUCAGCAGGCUCUCUUAAUGGGAUGAUGGGAGCAGGGCACAGUCGCUCGCUUCCACGCCUCUGCCCCACCCAGUCACCCCGCGGCACCAACAACGGAGUCCUCACCUUGUCGACGCUGCCUCCACGGCGAUCAGAUGCCGCUGGUGGUGAUAAAUUUAACAAAGACCAUUACAAUAACAACCAGAAUGGCAGCCCUGACGUUAACCACAACUCCAGCCAGCAUUCCUCCAGCAGGAAUCAAAUCCGAAACGCAACUCAGGGAGAAAGUGUUGUGUCUAUCUCUCUUUCGUCCCCUAAAAUAUUGCCCUCCACCACCUCCUCUAUCUCUUCCACAACUGCCCCACCGGAUGUUACCCUCCCAUCUAAGACAGGGGGCUCCUCUUCUCCUCGCGUGGCCAAAAAACUCAGCCUGACCUCGACUAGCUCUGUGGGCUCCAUCAGCCCCACGUUUUCCGACCCACCAGAGCAAGAACGGCUGGCCAGCAAUGGGGUCUCCGGGGAGAAGGAAAGGCCCAAUGCUGCCCCGGGGCAUGGACUAGGAGAGAGGAGGUCUUCAUUUGGACAGGCAGGGCUGGAGCCUUGGAUGGGGCUGGGUGAGAGGAGGCAGUCGUUCGGUAAGGCAGGAGUGACCCCACCUGGAGGAUUCAGGGAGAGAAGGGGCAGUAUCAGCUCACUGAGCGGGAAGGAGGAACUGACCGACUACCACCUGCACCAAAAGGAGGAGAGACUCCGCGAGCAGGAGGUGGAGAGACUGGAGCGACAGCGACUGGAGACCAUCCUGUCUCUGUGUUCGGAGCUGGGCCGGUCGGAGAGAGACGGAGGUGACCCCUCUUCCACUUCAGCCGUGUCGGAUCUCCAGAAGAUCAACCAGGAGCUCGAGAAGCUUCAACUGAACGACGAGGACGAUGACGACACACCAUCGGUCUUUUCUGAUUCUUCAGCUGUUAACGGAACAGGGAACGGACACAUGGCCUCCCAUGGAUCGGAGAAUGGCUUCUAUGAUGAUGACCUGCAGGUACGACGUAGGCGCAGCAGCGGUCAGCGGGACGGCAGGGCCGAAUCACCUGCUGUCAGUCUGCGGAGCUACGCCGCUUCACCUUCUCCACGUGCACAGAGGACCAACGAGGCUUUAGAAGAUGCAGCUCGUCGUCGCGGACAGGCCAUGAGGGCUUCAGAGGAGGAAGUGAGGCGUGUAGAAGAGGAGAGGAUCCAAGUGCUCAACAACAUGGAGGAGCUGGAGCAAAAGAUCAAGGAGCUGGACAACCAAAUAGACGAAUCUGCACAAGAGGUGGAGCUUGAGCGAGCUCUGGUGGAGGCCGAGCAGGAGUCGGAGGUAUCCGCUCUCCAGCAGGAAAAAGAUGCUCUGGAAGCCCUUCACAACAAGAUGACUGACCUGGAAACCAAGUCCCAGCAGGAAAAACAAAAGGCGUGCGAGGUGCUACAGGCAGAAAGGGGCAGAGUAGAGAGGUUGGCUCAGAUUGUGUGUGAGCAGCGCUCCCAACUGGACAGCUGCCCUGAGGCCACCAAGGAGCCCCUGCAGGAGCAGCUGGCCAGGGACGGUGAGGUUUUGGAUGCAGAGUCGAAACGAUUCGAGGACCUGGAGUUCCAGCAGCUGGAGAAAGAGAGCAGGCAGGACGAGGAGAAGGAGAUGCACACCCAACAGCUUCUCCGGGAGAUCGCAGACUUCCAGCGGAGCAGUGUGUCUCGCAAGGAGCGACUUUUAACUCUUAAGAAGCAGGCUGUGCAGAUUACCCAGCAGGCUCAGCGGGAGAAGGAAAGCUUCUUGAAGGAGAAGAGCACCCUCGAGGCAAUGCUGCAAAGGGAGAAGGAAAACCUGUCCAUGCUGGAAAGGAAAUAUGCUGAGCUCACUGGUGGCCGAAGUUUCACUUUAAGAGAGGAGACAGCCUCUCUGGCUGAUGUGUGUGACACCACCUACUCCAAACUUUCUCUUCCUCCAUUCAACCCUUACGCCUUCUCAUCCCGCCUUUCCUCUAUUUCUCUCAAGAAGGCAGAGGGCUAUGUCACAGUCAGUGAAAUCAAUGAGCUUUACUCACAGCUUGGGGGGGACCCUAAACCCGCCCCUGCUCCUGCUCUGACCAGUGCCUCUACUGAGUCCGGGGCAAAGCCUUCCUCUGAUGAAGACACCCCCAAACCCCCGGAGGAAGAGCAUUUCCGUUUGCUGGAAGAGAGGAGAAGGUCUGAGAGAGAAGGGGGAUCCCAUCUAAGUGACACAUUACCAAGGAAGAGAACCACCCCCACGAUGAGCCCCCAGUUCACCUGUGCCACACUGGGACGCAGCUACCCUACAAAGUCCCAUCAUCCCCUGGUACAGAGCACAAGUUGUGGCAGCAUUCUCCCAAGAUUUCUCUCCUUAUCCAACAAGGAAGCUGAAUCUCGCCGUCUGCAUAAAGGUCAGUCCGGGUCCCGAGCAGCUUCCCAGACCAACGUCUACCUCGAUGCCUUUGGGUUCAGCGACAACCAGGCCUUCGACACGAUGAGUGUGGAUAGCUCUGACUCCAUUGAAACCAGCAUCUCUGCAUGCUCACCUGAUAAUGUCUCCAGUGCCAGUACGUCUAAUAUGGCCAAGCUAGAGGAGAUGGAGCGACUGCUGAGAGAAGCACAGCUAGAGAAGCACCGCCUCAUCGAAAACAAGGAGCAAGAGAUGGAAGUGCGAAUGCAAGCGCUGGAGGAGGAGAGGAAAAGGCGGGAGGACCUGGAGAAGAGACUGCAGGAGGAGACGAGCAGACGACAGAAACUCAUAGAUCGUGAGGUGAAACUGAGAGAAAAGCAGAGGGCACAGGCCCGGCCGCUAACACGCUACCUCCCGGUGCGUAAAGACGAUUUUGACUUGCGGGCUCACAUUGAGUCGGCGGGUCACAGCACAGACACAUGCUUCCACUUAUCCAUCUCUGAGAAGACCUGCAGGGGCUACUUGAUCAAAAUGGGAGGCAAAAUCAAAACCUGGAAGAAACGCUGGUUUGUGUUUGACCGCAACCGACGCACGCUCUCCUACUAUUCAGACAAGCAUGAAGCCAAGCUGAAAGGAGUCAUCUACUUCCAAGCUAUUGAAGAAGUGUAUUAUGAUCACUUGAAGAAUGCACAUAAGAGCCCAAACCCCUCCCUGACCUUCAGUGUAAAGACUCACGACAGAGUCUACUACAUGGUUGCUCCCUCUCCUGAGGCCAUGAGGAUCUGGAUGGAUGUGAUCGUCACGGGCGCUGAGGGAUACACGCAGUUCAUGGUGUAGUGAAGGAGCGGGAUAUGCAACGUGCUACGCCUCUUCGUGGCUUUAAAGACUACCAUUAAUUUUCUAUUUUUACCCUUGGAUUUCUUUGUCUCCGGAUGGAUGUUUUUGUCAUCUAUGCUGAAGAAUGUUGUGUAAAGAAAGCAGCGUUGCCUUGCUCAAAAUAAUUGAGCGAUAUUUGGUAUCAUAUGCUGAGAAUUCAUGGGAAAUGGUGAGCCGAUAUAAGAUCAUUAUUUUAAGGCCAUGGGGUUCAAUCCCGAGACUAAAUGUAGUAAAGGAGAUCUAAAUGUGCCAUUGUGCACCCCUGUGCCCUGGACGUGUUGCUUAAAGACAAAUGUUAAUAAAAAAGAUUUUCAUGAGCUCAUUACAACUCAUUUUCUUCAGAGAAGAGCAGACUCUGAUGUUUAAUGUGGAGAAGCUUUAUCCAUAGUAUGUCAUUAUCAACAUGAUGAUUGUCAUUAUGAUCAACUGAAAAUACCAAAUGGUAUGUGCCAUAUGAAGCCUUAGCCUUUUCAACUUCAUAGUAGAACAGGUGGUCAAUUUCACAAUGAGUUGUAUCAAAUGUUGGACUGUUUUUUUUAGCAUAUUAUGUACAUAAUAAAUAAUGAAUAUUCAGUAAGUAAAAGCAGCUGAGCAAAUAUAUUAUUUGAACUUUUAUUGCCUCGAUUUCCUUUCUAUUUUCUGUGGCAUUCUCAGGUCUUAACUGUGUGCAUGCAUCAUAUGAUCAUGUGUGAAAUUAUACAAGUGCCUCUUCAAUGUAAACUGUAUGUACUGUGAGCUUCUGAUGUAGCUCCAAGGUGCUAUUCUUACACGUUUGAAUGACUAGUAAUCCAAGAAAAACCAUCACAGAGUAUUUCAGUGAGGUUUAGCUCUAGUAAUUCAGCGAUCUGUAUUACUGUUCUGGGUUUACAUGUGCCACCACAGCCUCAGUUAUGAAGCUCUAUUUAAACACAAUUUGUGUCAUGCUUGUUAUUUUACAACAUGAAGUUUGGUUCAAUAGGAAUAAUGACUGUUAUUAAGGCACAAAAUAGAGAUAUUUGUACAUUUUGUUUCUAAAUUGUAGUUAAGAUUAGUGAGGACGGUUAUGAUGCAUAAUAAACUCCUUUCUGUGCCUCGUUAUUAUAUUUUGUGUGAUUGGUAUGCAUAUUAUCUAUAUUUUUAAGAGUACAUACCAUGCCAAACUGUUAAAGGUGAGAAAACAUGAGUCGUUUAAGAUGUCGGGCUGAAAGAAUAUGGUACAGGAACUCAAUUAAGAGGCUUUUAAAAGAAAACUGACUGAUGUAAUAUUUUGCUUUGGUCCACUAGCUUUCAUUUAUUGACACUAAUUCAAUGUUUUUCUUUAUCUGACUUUUCCACAUUGAUCACUAAAGCUGCUUUAUAUUUCAUAUCAUACUCCACACUGAUCAGUGCCUGCCUCUUGCUAUUGCUUUUUACAUAUUGACCAAAGUACAAGUUUGUGUGGUAUAUUGUAUAUGGUGUUCCUUUGCUUUAAAUCUUUACGUACAAUAAGAUCUAAAGGAUAUUUGUUUUUGCAUGACAAAAUCAUAGUUCAACCCACUAAAGGAGCUGUUACAGUGGUAGUUUCUAUGAGCUUACAUGUUUUUCAUCUAUAAUGUAUUUUUGACCCUUCUGUAUUUAUGCCAUUACCAAUGCGUGUAUCUUCAUUUUGUAUUUCCAUAUAUAAAUAAUAAAAAUUGUAUAUUUUA